GGAAUUUUAAUUCAGGGAUUCUGAAAUCUUUGAUCACUAUUCGGAACAUUUAUUCUUAUCAUUCCAUGUUGUUGCAUGAAAUGUCAAAAAUUAAUGGAAUGAAAAAGGAGGUUCUUAUUCUUAUUGAGUAGAAAGGAGAGUGCUGCUUGGGGAACUGUGAGCUUGAAAGGAUUUUUUCCUAAGUCUAGAAGAGCAGGAGUUCCCGCUGUUGCCACUGGGGAUCAGCAGUGUAUCUGCAGCGCUGGGAUGCAAGUUCAAUCCCCUACCUGCCACAGUGGAUUAAGGAUCUGGUGUUGCUACAGCUGUAGGCAUAGGUCGAAAAUGUGGUCAAUUUGAUCCCUGGUCUGGAAACUCCAUGUGCCGCAGGGUAUAAUGGAGGAAAACAUACAGUAAUUAAAAUCAGAUCAGAGAAAGGACAAUAGGUGGACAGCAGAGCCACUGUGUAAGACAAGAAUAAGUGAGACAAGAAUGAGAAGGUAACUCUCAAGUUGUAGCAGCUCUAACUUUUUUUAUUAUAAAACAACCAUUAUGAAAGCGAGUGGUCAAUUAAAUUUUACUUUGUGAAGUUUAUUCUUUACAAGAGAUUAAAAUGUUUGAAGCCAUGUUGAUUUUGUUAACAUUUUACUGAAGAACAUAUACAAAAACACACAUAAGUCUCUACAGGUCAAUGGAUUUUCACACAAGCUGAAUAUAUCUUUGCCAUAAGCACCCAGAUUUAAAAAACAAAACAUUAUCAGCACCUCAAAAGCUUCCCUCAUAUUCCCUUAGUUUUGUAUAUUUUGGUUUUUGUAUGAACAAAUAAAAGCAUAUGUACUCUUUUGUGCUUGGAUUAUUUCAUCUAACAUCAUGUCUCAGAUUCAUAUAUAUUUUUACACAUAAAGUAGAUCAUCCCCAUUGCUGUGUAGUAGUAUGUGAUUUUAACACAGUUUAUCUUCUCCACUGUUAAUUGACAUCUGUGUCAUUCUCCAGUUUGAGGCAAUUACAAACUGCUACAAAUAUUCUAGGAUACAUAUUUGGUGAACAUAACAUAUGUACAUACUUUCUAGAAAUGGAAUAGAUUUUUUUUCAUAGAUAAGGUUGCAUUUUCUUUUGAAGCAUAGUUGAUGUACAAUAUCAUAUAAGUUGCAGUUGUAGCUUAGAAGUCUGAGCUGCUGUUGUGGCUCAGUGUGGUAAGAAUCAGACUAGUAUCCAUGAGGAUGAGGGUCAUUCCUGGCCUUACUCAGUGGGUUAAGGAUCUGGCAUUGCCAUAACCUAUGGCAUAGGUCACAGAUAUGGCUCGGAUCUGGCACCGUUGGGGCCAUGCUAUAGUCCUGCAGCUGCAACUCAGAUUCAACCCCUGGCCCCAGGAACUUCCAUAUGCCACAGGUGCAGCCACAAAAAAGAAAAAGAAAAAAAAAAACUCAUGACAGAAAAGACAAUAGUAGAUUUCAUAAUACAUUCUUUAAUAUGCUGUUAUUUCUUCCAGAGAUAUACUUGAAAAAAGAAAUCUGUGAUCCAACAGAUCAGGGAAAUUAUACCCGAGUGAAAGAAUUUAUUUUCCUGGGAAUUACUUAGUCUCAAGAGCUGAGCUGGGUCUUAUUUGUCUUUUUGCUUUUGGUGUACAUGACAACUCUGGUGGGAAACCUCCUCAUCAUGGUGACAGUUACCUGGGAAUCUCAUCUGCACACACCCAUGUACUUCCUGCUCUUCAAUCUCUUCAUUCUUGACAUCUGCUUCUCCUUCAUCACAGCUCCUAAGGUCCUAGUUGAUCUUCUGUCAGAGAGAAAGACCAUCUCCUUCAAUGGCUGUGUCACCCAAAUGUUCUUCUUCCAUCUUCUGGGGGGAGCAGAUGUUUUCUCUCUAUAUAUGAUGGCCUUUGAUUGCUAUGUGGCCAUCUCAAGACCCUUCCACUAUCUGACCAUCAUGAGUAAGGAACAAUGCACUAGCCUCAUGGUGGCCUCUUGGGUGGGGGGCUUUGUCCAUUCCACUGCACAGAUCUCCCUGCUGCUCCCACUCCCCUUCUGUGGACCCAAUGUUCCUGACACUUUCUACUGUGAUGUCCCCCAGGUCCUCAAACUUGCCUGCACUGAUACCUUCACGGAGCUCCUGAUGAUUUCCAACAAUGGACUGGUCAGCUGGUUUAUAUUCUUCUUUCUCCUCAUCUCUUAUACAGUCAUCCUCAGGAUUCUGAGGUCUCACCAGGGGGAGGCCAGGAGGAAAGCCAUCUCCAUCUGCACCUCCCACAUCACCAUGGUGACCCUGCACUUCGUGCCCUGCAUCUACGUCUAUGCCCAGCCCUUCACCACCCUCCCCACAGAUACUGCUAUCUCCGUGACCUUCACUGUCAUCUCUCUGCUGCUCAAUCCUAUGAUCUAUACCUUGAGGAACCACGAAAUGAAAUCAGCCAUGAGGAGACUAAAGAAAUGACUGGAGCAUUCAGAAAGGAUUUAAAUUCUGUGAGGACAAUGAUAAGCAAUGAGGUCCCACAUGAUGGAAGA